AUGAUUCUGGAGCAGAUGAAGCAUCGUCGGUUGAAAACGAGAUUAAGUGUAGAUUGGUCUGUUGCAGGCAUAGUGUCGGUGUCGGACGGCCACGUGGAGGUGGCCUCGGCGCGGGACAACUGGCGGCCGCUGCUCACGCACUACGCGGGUCCGACUUCCGCGCUGCUCGUAGCUGCGCUGUUUGCAGCCUCAUUGCCACUCGCUGGGCUGUUCUGGUGUUGUUGCCAGUGGUGCCGCGUCGGCAGGCGGCGGCGGCCCUUCGACCGCAAGUACGACGUCUGCAUCAAGGGUAUCCUCGCCAUCGUUCUCAUCGGUUUGCUGACGCUGUUCCUGUUCGGCGUGGUGUGCGCGUUCGCGACAGACUCGCAGGUGGAGAGCGGCGCCGUGCAGACGCCGGACGCGCUCCGGCGCGGCGUGCACGACGCACGGGAGUUCCUCAACGCCACGCAGGCGCACGCGCGCCACCUCCUCGUGCAGAACUACGCCGAGCUCGAGCGCCGCCUCAACGCCAUGCUCACCUACAGCGGCGCCACGAUGUCUGCGCGGCUGGGCGCGGUGUCGCGCGGCUCGGCGCUGGGCUCGCUGCGCGCGCUGCUGGAGCAGCUGCCCGCCGUGCGCGAGGCGCUGCGCCUGCUGCGCGACCGCACGCACUCGCUGCGCGCCGGCGCCGAGCGGCUCAACUCCGGUCUCCGCAAGGUGAAAGCGCUGCUGCUCCAGACGCUAAACGACUGUGAGCAACCCAAGUGCAGGGAGCUCAAAGAAAAGUACAAGAUUGGACAACUUGACACCGAAAUCCAAUAUAGCCAGAUGCCGGACGUGUCGGCGCUGCUGGGCGAGGUGGGCGCGCUGGUGGACAGCAACAUGACGGCGGAGGUGGCGGCCGGCCUGGACGUGUUCCGCGAGCUGCAGCGCGGCCUGCGCGCCUCCGUGGACCGCCACGUGCCCGCCGUGCAGGAUGCGCUCGCGCAGACCGGGCGGCGGCUGAGCGCGCUCGCGGACGAAGUAAGCGCGCGCGCCGGCAAUGCGUCGGCGCGGCUCGCGCGAUACGGUGGCGCCGCCGACGAGUUGCAGCGCGCACUGGAGAGCUACGGGCCCUACCGCCGCCACGCCGGCCGUGCCGCCGCCGCCUCGCUGCUGCUGAUAACUUGUUUGAUGGCAUGGGGGUUGCUUUGUGGCGUGUGCGGCAAACGUCCCGACGUAUACGCCACCAGCGACUGCUGCAACAAAGGUGCCGGCGCCAACUGUCUGUCGUGUGGCAUGGCGGUUAUGUUCCUAGUUGGUGGGGUUAUAACGGUGGUGAUGAUGGUUUACUUCGUGGUUGGCGUCGCCACUCAACGUUUAGUUUGCGAUCCGCUUACCGAGCCGCGUGGCAGCCGCGUGUUCGCGGACGUGGAGCGCUUCGUGGAGCUGGAGCGCGCGCUGUUCAACGAGCGCCGCGACCCCGACUUCAACCUCACCGCCGUGCUGCUGCGCUGCCACGACAACCGCACCAUCUACGAGACGUUGGAGCUGUGGCGCAUUUACGAGCUGGACUCGCUGCCGGAGCAGGUGUCGAGCGGCGUAGCGGAGCGCGCCGCAGCGCUGCGCGCGUCGCUGCCGCGGGACGUGCGCAUCCUGCGGCCCGCCGCCAGGGCGCACUUGCAGCGCCUUGCCGACGCCGGCCUCUCCGACUUCCAGUUCGAGCGCGUGCUGCAGGCGCUGGAGACAAACAUGACUUCGCUGGAGCUGGAAGGGCUGGCGGCGCAGUUGCGCAGCACGGCGGGCUCACUGGGUGCCCGCGCUGGCUACGCGCGCGUGGCGGCCGCGCUGGCCGACGCGGCUCAGCAGCUGGCCGCGCUGCAGCAGGACGUCGUGCGUCCCAUGCUGCAGCACACGCACGAUGUCAACGAAACCGCAAUAAAAUUGCGUGACGGACUACGCUUUAACUACACAUCGUUCCGAGAAGCCAUUUAUUUCUUAAUGGAUGAAACCACCCAGGCCGAAGUUUUCCUCAACAAUCAAGGACCAGACCUUGUACAAAACCUGACGCAGGAGUUCGCGGCGGCGGUGAGCGAGCAGUUGCAGCUGUACGGGCGGCGCGUGCAGCACGCGGCGCGCCACGAGCUCGGCCGCUGUGCGCCGCUGUCGCGCGCCUUCAACAGCACGCGCGACGCGCUCUGCCGCGCGCUGCUCAUGCCCGCCAACGGGUACUGGAUCUCGCUGGCGUGGUGCGUGGUGCUGUUCGUGCCGCUGCUGGUAGUGGCGCAGCGGCUGUCGCGCCUGUACCGCCACGCCGACCCCUACCCCGGGCCCCUCGUCGAGGCCGAGUAUUUGUAUGACGCGUACGCGGACCGCGAUAACGUACCCCUCGCCAACGCCUACAAGGCGGAGAAGCGCGCGGGGCGGGCGCGGGGAGCGGGCGGGGCGAGCGGAGCGGGCGCUGGGGCGGCGGUGGGGACGGGCGCGGGGGGAGGCGAGCCCGCGCCGCCGCUGGUGCCGCCGCUCGACGCGCUGCACGCUCGCCGCUACACCGACAUGGCUCCCAAGCAUUGGGAGGAAGGACCUCCGCGCUACCACGGCCUUACUGAGUACGAGCGACCACCACCGUAUUACUAUCCCGGACCCACUGAUAGACAGUAA